AUGGCUGCGUCCCCGGCGGGGUCGGUGGUGAGCGCCGGGCUGGAUGAGAGCCCCUCGGGGCUGAGCCCAGCCCCUGGGAAGGAGCUGAGCCCGGUGCUGCUGUGCAAGGUGUGUGGGGACACCAGCAGUGGGAAGCACUACGGCAUCUACGCCUGCAAUGGCUGCAGCGGCUUCUUCAAGCGCAGCGUCCGCAGGAAGCUCAUCUACAGGUGCCAGGCAGGGACAGGGCUGUGCCCAGUGGACAAGGCUCACCGCAACCAGUGCCAGGCCUGCCGGCUCAAGAAGUGCCUGCAGGCUGGCAUGAACAAGGACGCUGUGCAGAACGAGCGCCAGCCCCGCAGCACAGCCCAGGUCCAGCUGGACAGCAUCCAGCUGGAUGCUGAGCUGCCCCCUGAGCACGUGGCCACCACAUGUGAGGUUCCCCCAUCAACCUGUCCGGCUCCUCGUGGUCCUGGCGCCACUGUCACCCCGGGCCCCCGAGCGCCCACACCGCCCACCAACCAUCGCUUCAUGGCCAGCCUGAUGACGGCCGAGACCUGCGCCAAGCUGGAGCCCGAGGACGCUGAUGAGACGGUGGAUGUGACGGGCAGCGAGCCGGAGCGGGCGGCCGGCGAGUACCAGGUGGCGCCGUACCCGGCAGCCAGCCCCGAAAACAUCUACGAGACCUCAGCACGGCUCCUCUUCAUGGCCGUGAAAUGGGCCAAGAACCUGCCCGUCUUCUCCAACCUGCCCUUCCGUGACCAGGUGAUCCUGCUGGAGGAAGCAUGGAGUGAGCUGUUCCUGCUCUGUGCCAUCCAGUGGUCCAUGCCCCUGGAGAGCUGCCCGCUCCUGGCUGUCCCCGAGCCGGGCCCUGGGAAGCUGCUGCCGGCCACCCUGGACGUGCGGGCGCUGCAGGAGACCCUCGGCCGCUUCAAGGCCUUGGCUGUUGACCCCACGGAAUUUGCCUGCAUGAAGGCCGUGGUGCUCUUCAAACCAGAGACCCGUGGCCUGAAGGACCCUGAGCAGGUGGAGAACCUGCAGGACCAGUCACAGGUGAUGCUGGGCCAGCACAACCGUUCCCACUACCCCGGGCAACCCGUCAGGUUUGGGAAGCUGCUGCUGCUCCUGCCAGCGCUGCGCUUCAUCUCCUCGGAGCGCGUGGAGCUGCUCUUCUUCCGCCGCACCAUCGGCAACACCCCCAUGGAGAAGCUGCUGUGUGACAUGUUCAAGAACUGA